ACAGAACAGAGUUGUUUUUCGAAUACUAAGCAGAGAAAGAAAAAAGAGGCCUUUUCCAAAGUUGUCGAAUUCAAAUAAUAUGGGAGGAGAUGUCAUCGUUUACGUUGCGGAGGAGGAGGAUUUCAAAUUAUGCAAGUCCUCAUCCUUUUCACUCUGUAGGAUUUGCCAUGAAGAAGAUUUUGGAAGCUCCAACAACUUGGAAUCCCCUUGUGCUUGCUCCGGAACUGUUAAGUUUGCGCACAGAGAUUGCAUACAGAGGUGGUGCAACGAGAAAGGCAACACGACCUGCGAAAUUUGUCUCCAGAAGUAUGAACCCGGAUACACAGCACCUCCAAAGGAGUCAGAGCUGGAUGAAUCAGCAGUAACCAUCAGAGAUAGCGUGCGGGUUCAUAGAAGAAGAGAGGAAGAUGAUGAAUCAAGAAGCCCCAGAUUAGAGAGGGUGUGCUCGUCUACUGCUGAUCGAAGGGCCAAUUUUUGUCGAUCACUCGCUCUCCUUCUUACGGUGGUUUUGCUUGUGAGGCACCUCUUUGUGGUGCUUACUUGUACUGAUGAAGACUACCCCUUCGCCCUUCUAACUGUACUAAUUCUAAGGGCCAGCGGAAUUAUCUUACCUAUGUACAUAUUGUACCGAACAAUAACAGCAAUUCAGAACAGCAUCCGUCAACAAUAUCAAUAUCAAUAUCACUAUCAGGAGGAGGACUCCGAUGAUGAUGAUGAUGAUGAUGAGACAUCAAAUCAGGGAGAAGAUAACCACCACCGAGAAGAUGCCGAUGAUAACCAUCAACAAAGUGCCGUUUGAUAAAACACAACCAACCCCAUACUUGUACUUUCCUUUUCCAUCUUGUAAAGGAGCAUAUCACAUCAAUGCUCUCUCAUCUCAUGUCUUGACAUACAAAUGAAAAGAAAUAUCGAUUCUUUUUUUCUUUCAA